AUGCCGAGGAAGUCCAGCAAAGGGCCGCGAUCCGACAGGCCAGAGGUGAGCCAGCAUGGCGCCGAGGAAGAAGAGGGGCCGGCCUUACAGCCAAAGCUGAGUCAGAGUGCGGCCGCAAAACUGAGCAAGUUUGCUCGCACUGAUAGCGGUGUGGGCGAUUGGGCCGAGGGAAAGGAGACGGACGCACAUACCUCCUCUGAACAGGAGGACGGAUCCCUUGAUGGUGAGGCCCUGGAUGCGGUGAAUUGGCCGCCAUUGACCCCUGCACGCCCAGCUAAAAGCACAGUAGGCCCUAAGGCUGCGGCCAAUGAAGAACCCACUUUAAAAGAUAUCAUGGCAGCUGUGGCCAGCUGUAACAGCACUCUGAAGGUGCUCACAGUGCAAGUUGGCAGCCUGAGGUCAGACGUGUCUAUAAUUAGACACGACCUGCACAAGAUUUCUGAGCGCACCUCUGAAUUGGAGAAGAGGGUGUCCACGAUAGAGGAUGAUAUUCAGCCUUUGCAAAUGGCUGCAAAAACAACUGCUAAGGACAUAGCUGCUUUAUAUGCCAAAACAGAUGAUCUGGAGAACAGUUCUGAGGAGGCUCUGAAUGAUUUCCUAGUGGAGGCACAGUUGUCGGCGCUGUCAGAGGAGGAUAGAGAAAGGCUGGAGGAGCCGAUUUCAAUUGAAGAACUGGAAGCUGCGCUUGGGGAUAUGGCAAAUGAAAAACCACAUGGGGUUGAGGAGGGACAUUCAGGUUUACGUCUUGCUGAUUUGGGUCUCAAGAUCAAGAGCCGCUUCAUGCCCCCUAAGGUGUAUCAUCCUAUAGAGACUUAUAUUCAUUUAGUUAACAGAGACAUUCAGAGCCAGUUGGAUUCGAUAAAGAGGGGUGAAUUGCGUUUUUCACAUAAUGUGACAUUACAGGAAAAUAUGGCUAUCCGGUCAUUGAUGGAGGAUAAAGGUCUUAUUUUGAAGCCUGCGGAUAAAGGCGGGGCUAUUUAUCAUUGUGACCAUUCUCGAGCUCACUUCUUCGUGGAAGAUUCUGCUGUGGCAAAAGCCUUAAAACAGAUUUCACGGACAUUCACUGACCGAGAAAACUUCAAGGUUACGAUUUUGACACAUUCUUGUCCUCCCCCAUCGUUUCCAAAAAGUUUGACAGAUGAAGAAAUAGUACAUUUAAAGACCUGUAUGCAGAAACGAUAUGAUGGAGCUCAACAAGCUCUCAAUAUGAAGUCCGUACGUUUGGAUCCAGGCCUAGUUGAAAACAAGGUAGACAUCAUUCCGAACCGGAAGGCUUGUAUGCAGGCCAUGCUACAAAUAAUUGAGGAGAAUGUGCCAGAGCUGCUUUCUUUGGAUCUUAGUAACAACAAACUCUAUAAACUUGACCAUAUGUCAGAAAUUCAUCAUAAAGCUCCUAAUCUGAAGAUUCUUAACCUGUCUGAGAACAUGCUGAGGUCUGAAAAGGACCUGGAUAAGAUAAAAGGCCUUAAAUUGGAAAUGUUGUGGUUAGAUGGGAAUCCACUCUGCAAACUCUUCAGAGACCAAACUUCAUACAUCAGUGCCUUGCGAGAACGUUUUCCCAAACUCCUGCGACUGGAUGGACAUGACCUUCCUCCUCCAAUCACCUUUGAUGUAGAAACCCCCACAACACUCCCUCCUUGCAAGGGCAGUUAUCUUGCAACAGAUGAUAUUAAAGCAUUGGUUUUGCGAUUUCUUCAACAAUAUUACGUGUGCUAUGACAGUGAAGAUCGUGAAGGCCUCCUUAAUGUAUACCACGAUGAGGCUUGCAGUUCGCUCAGCAUUGCUUGUGGGCAAGGACAGAAUCCCUCUAGAAGCAGUCUUGGAGAGUAUUUUAACAACAGCAGAAAUCUAAAAAGAUUACGUGAUCCAGGGCGACGCUUUAAACUACUGAAACACAAGCGCCUUAAUGUUGUUAGCUUCUUAAAUGAGCUCCCUCGUACACAGCAUGAUCUCAAUUCAUUUGUUGUAGACAUUACUGCUCAGUCUAACACACUACUGUGUUUCGUGGUGAACGGUGUAUUUAAAGUUGAGGGGCAGUCUAGUGAUCCUGUACGUGCUUUUACACGGGUGUUCAUAGCUGUGCCAGGCACUGAUGGAGGGCUCCUCUUAGUGAAUGAUGAUCAAUUCAUAAGGAAUGCCACCACAGAAGAGAUUCGGAAAGCAUUUGCCACACCAGCUCCUACUCCUUCCAGCAGCCCAGUACCUGUCCAUGCACCUGUGCCCCAAGAUAUGGUGCAAGCAUUUUCACUGUUCUCCGGAAUGAAUGCAGAAUGGUCUCAAAAGUGUCUUCAGGACAAUGGUUGGGACUUUGAACAGGCAGCACAGAUUUUUAUGAAGCUCAAGGCAGAGGGUAAAAUCCCAGAAGUUGCCUUCAUCAAGUGACUCUCCACUUUAAUCUUUCCUUCAUCUUUGCUCCUUUUUAAAGU